UGGGUGACGUCAGGUCCUGCGCCGCUAUGUUUUGAAAAGCCGGUGGAGAUUCAGACUACUACCUUGAUUACUUUCGUUCUGUCCGAUUUUUAUCCAGGUUUUUUUUUUUUUUUACAAUAUUUCGGUUAGAAAAGGAAAUGUAAACAUGCCAAAGUCUGCGAAAAAGCCCUGCACUACUCAGACCUCCAUUAGCAGGUACUUUGGAGGACUGAGCAGCAGCAGCAGCAGCAGCAGACCUCAGUGUGGGAUUAAACCAAAUCCUGCAGAGCAUCGGCUCUCAAGAGGAAAGUUAAAACUUUCCUCUAGUGAUGAAGAUGGGCUGCCAUCAAAACGAACCAAACUGGCUGUGAAGGACCGACAGGUGGAAGACGUGCAGUGUGAGCCCAGACCUUCUCAGGGUGAUAAAGAGGCAAAGCCAACAUUGAGCCGAGGAGGAGGAGGAGGAGGAGGAGUAAAAGGAGGAGGUCUCUGCUCCUCUACUUUGGAGAAGCUGAAAGGUUUCUCCUGCAUGGCCGAUCCGUUUCUCCGGGCCAUCCAGGAUGAAACAAAGAUGGAUGACAGCAGCAGCAGCAGCAAAAUCUCCAAUACGAGGAGUUUUGUUUCGCCUAGUUUUAGGGAUUCUCAUCAGCAAAUCAGCAACACACUGCCUGGGACAGAGAAGGAGUGGGAUUAUGAAACACAGGAUCAUAAAGAAGAAGAGGAUCCAGAGUUGGCUGCCACUAAUCAGGGAUUUUGCUUGUCUAAGAUCACAAGGUCAGCAGGAAGGGAUGGAGGCAAGGUUGCAGAGUCUCCAUCAGAUUCCAGCGCCCCCUGCAGACGCUCCAGAAGCACAUACACCCCCCUGGAGCAGCAGGUCAUGGAGCUGAAACAGCAACAAAAGGACGUUUUGUUGGCAGUGGAGUGUGGCUACAAAUACAGGUUCUUUGGAGAAGAUGCAGAGAUUGCUGCAAAAGAGCUGAAUAUAACUUGUCACCUGGAUCAUAACUUCAUGACGUGCAGCAUCCCGACUCAUCGCCUGUUUGUUCACGUCAGGCGCCUGGUGUCUCAUGGACACAAGGUUGGUGUUGUGAAACAGACAGAAACGUCUGCGCUGAAGGCGUCAGGGACCAACAGAAACGCUCUGUUCACCCGUCAGCUCAGCGCCUUGUACACCAAGUCCACUCUGGUGGGAGAGGACGUAAACCCGGUCUGCAGAGUGGCAGACGUGGAGGAGCGGGGCUGUGCUGACGUGGUGUCGGACCCUCCUGACAGCUUCCUGCUGUGCAUCAGUGAGAGCUGGGACAAAGUGAAGAAGCAGCUCUCUGUGGGGGUGGUGGCGGUCCAGCCCAGCACUGGAGACGUGUUGCUGGACUGUUUCCCUGAUGGUCCGUCUCGCUCCGAGCUGGAGAGCCGUAUCCUGAGGAUAAACCCAGUGGAGGUUCUGGUGCCGUCGGAUCUUUCAGAACAAACCUCCAAACUGCUGCUCAGUAUCGCUAAUGCCAGUGCUCAGACUGAUGACCGAAUCAGAGUUGAGAGAAGGGACAGCGCUGAAUUCGAGUUCACCUCUGCAAUGAACACAGUCGUCAAAUUCUACUGUCACACCCCGGAGAAAGACUCGCGCUCUCUGUCGAGUGUGGCCUCCUUCGACAGCCCGGUCAUCUGCUGCCUAGGGCCGCUCAUCCAGUACCUCCAAGAAUUCAAUCUGGAGCGGGUUCUUAGAAAUGAAAGCUCAUUUCGACAUCUGUCCAGUGAAUCAGGGGGAAUGAAGCUGAGUGCUGCCACUCUCAGGAACCUGGAAAUCCUCAAUAAUCAGACAGAUGGGAGCGUGAGGGGGAGUCUGUUGUGGGUGUUGGACCACACUCGCACUCCGUUUGGACGGAGACUGCUGAGGAAGUGGGUCAGCCAGCCGCUCACAGAACCACAGUGUAUAGCAGAAAGACAGGAUGCUGUGCAGGAAAUGAUGGAGUCAGACUCAAUAACUCUGAACUCCAUCAGAUCUCUCCUGUCACAUUUGCCUGAUCUGGAGAGAGGCAUCUGCAGCAUAUAUCAUGGAAAGUCUUCCACGCAGGAGUUUUUCCUCAUCUGUAGCAGUCUUUCUCGCCUUGGGCUGGAACUGCAGGCUCUUCUCCCAGCUGUCCAGUUGCAGAUCCGCUCCUCGCUGCUCCGGAGCCUCUUAUUGGACACUCCUGACCUGCUGGCUCCGGCCCAUGGCUUCCUCAAGGUGCUCAAUGAGAAAGCAGCAAAGUUGGGGAAUAAGACGGAACUCUUCUCAGAUUUGUCCGGCUUCCCGAUGCUGCAGGAAAGAAUGAGCCAAAUCCAGUCUGUACUUGCUGAAAUUCAAGCCCACCGCAAAGAUGUCCGGUUGGUGCUUAAGGCCCCUGCGCUCGAUUACGUCACUGUUUCUGGACAGGAGUUUCUGAUUGAAGUGAAGAACUCGUCGUCAUCAAUCGUUCCACCAGACUGGGUCAAAAUCAGCAGCACGAAGACUGUCAGCAGGUAUCACUCUCCUUUCCUGGUUGAACGGUACAAGAAGCUGCAGCAGCUCCGAGAGCAGCUGCUGCUAGACUGCCAGAGGGAGUGGACCCGAUUUCUGGAUCAGUUUGGGGAGCACUACCACACCAUGAAAAGAGCUAUUAGUCACCUAGCAACCACGGACUGCCUCCUUUCAUUGGCUGAGGUGGCCAAACAAGGGAAUUAUUGCAGGCCAAAGGUGUGUGAAAAUAACCACCAGAUAAUAAUCACUGAUGGCAGACAUCCUGCGAUAGAUUUAUUGAUGGGAGAGCACAGCCAGUAUGUUCCCAACCACACCAUAUUACAGCGUGACGGCAAGAGAACUAUGAUAAUCACAGGGCCCAAUAUGGGAGGCAAGAGCUCCUACAUCCGCCAGGUCGCCCUUAUUUGUGUCAUGGCCCAGAUAGGCUCGUACGUCCCGGCGUGUGAGGCCUGUCUGGGCGUACUGGACGGUAUUUACACCAGGAUGGGGGCUUCGGACAACAUCUUCAAAGGCCGCAGCACGUUCAUGGAGGAGUUGACGGAGGCCUCAGAGAUCAUAUCUCAAGCCACAGAACGCUCGUUGGUCAUCCUCGAUGAACUCGGACGGGGCACAAGCACUCAUGACGGGAUUGCGAUUGCCUACGCUACCCUGGAAUACUUCAUCAAAGAUGUGAAGUCCUUCACCUUGUUUGUGACCCAUUAUCCUCCUCUGUGCGAGUUGGAGCAGGUGUAUCCUCAACAUGUGUCCAACUUCCACAUGGCUUUCUUACUUAAUGAGCCUGACGUCACAACUGAUGCUGAUGAUGGAGAGAUUCAGCCAGAGUUCAUCACCUUCCUCUAUCAGUUAACCGAAGGAGCUGCGGGCCGAAGCUACGGCCUGAAUGUGGCGCGACUGGCUGACGUUCCUGACCCGAUACUACACACCGCCUCUUGUAAAGCCCAAGAGCUGGAGCACAUGGUCAACGCCAGGAGGAAGUAUCAGAAACUUCUCUCAGCUCUUUGGAGCAUCUGUGACAAAUCCUCCCUCGAAAAGUGGCUGCAGUCAAACUCUUGAUGUCUCAACAACCAUCGAACUGGAAACACUUCCAAGAAAUAAAUGAUGUGCCAUCAAUGAUUGAACAUUUUUAAUGUUCACACAGGAGUCUUUUUCUCUCUAAAGGAGCUUGUUGAUUAUGCAGUUUCAAGCCCCUCAGGUUCUGGUAGCUGUCACAAUAGUUGAUACUAAAGGGUCACAUUUUAUGUACAACUGUGUGGUGUCCAUCUAUUCAGCAAUCAAAUAAAGAAAAAUGCCAUA